AUUAUGCUGUGAAUUCAUUCUAAUAUUUCUAAUAUGGUAUCAAAGCCAUCAUUCGAUCAAACAAUUGAAUGAAACGCAGCAUUCAUCAUAUACCAUAAAAACAAAAUGUCCGAUAAAACUCCUCAAACGGGCAGUUCCAUAAACACAGAGGAAUCUGACCCGAAAAAUCAGCCGAUCAAUCUUGCACAAAUUCUGGAAAUUCUUCAAAAUUUUCAGAAUUUGACACCCAAGGCCGAACCUAUCGAGAGCUCUUCCAAUCAGCCAUUAAAUAUGGCGGAAAAGCUCAACGAUAGGAACUACGCCAUUUGGGCGCGCAAGAUGAGCUUAGCUCUGGACGGGAGAGGGCGGCUCAAGCACAUCACUGCCGCACCUAUCAAAACUGAUGAUCCCAAAUAUAUCAAGUGGAGGCAAACAGAUUCAACGGUGAUUAAUUGGAUACUAGAAAACAUAGAGUCGGAUAUUGUAAAUCAAUACAUCGAAUAUCCGACUGCGUGGGAUUUGUGGAAGGGAAUCGAAGCCACGUACGGCUCCGGAAAAGAUCCCCUACAAAUCUACGACUUAACGGUCAAGGCCAGUGAGAUCAAACAAGGAGCACAGUCCCUGGAAAAAGCUAUAAAUGAGGAAUUUGAUGCCGAAAAACAGGACAUACUCAAAACCGAACCUCUUUCAUCGGUAGAAGAAGCAUACGCUCAAAUCCGAAGAGAGGCAGCAAGAAAAGGAAUUAUGAAAGGAGACGGGGGAGGACCAUCAUCGGGAGAAUCUCCCUCAGGAAUCGGCGGUGGCCUUACGGCCACACGGGCGGCGGCGGUGCGAUCGGAAAAUCGCCAAUCGUCAUCUCGCACAUAUGAAGAUAAAUCACAGUUAAGAUGUACCUACUGUGGUGGGACGAAGCACACAGCCGAAGGUUGCUUCAAAAGAAUUGGGUAUCCCGAGUGGUGGCCGGACACCCGAAAGAGGGGGAAGAAGCCGCCGGGAGUCGCUGGGGCAGUAAUGGGCAAUCCAGAGACCACCAGCAUCNCCACACGGGCGGCGGCGGUGCGAUCGGAAAAUCGCCAAUCGUCAUCUCGCACAUAUGAAGAUAAAUCACAGUUAAGAUGUACCUACUGUGGUGGGACGAAGCACACAGCCGAAGGUUGCUUCAAAAGAAUUGGGUAUCCCGAGUGGUGGCCGGACACCCGAAAGAGGGGGAAGAAGCCGCCGGGAGUCGCUGGGGCAGUAAUGGGCAAUCCAGAGACCACCAGCAUCACCGCCAACCAAACGCCUCAAUUUUUCGCUGGAAUCACCAUGGAAAGAGGCGAAAGAAAAGAGAGAGGUGAAGAAGAUGAAGUCGGCGCAGUGAAUGGCGCAACGAAGGAGAAGGGCGAAUCAGCGGAAUCUGCCAUACGCAUUGCACGACUAAGACUAACUCUAUCCUCAGCUCGCACACUACUUGAUCAAGGGAGUCCUACAGAUCACGUGUACCAGUAGCAAGAUACAGAGAUGGAAACUGAAAAUGUCCUUCUGCGACGAGAUCAUGAAUAUGUAGUUUUUUUUUUAUAAUUUGGCAGUGUAUCUUUUAGGAAUCGGG